AUGUGUGCUUAGGUCACCUGAUAAUAAAAUGUAAAUGUUACUGGUUUUGCCCACGAAGCAGUUGGGAGAUCUCACAAGGACGAAAAUGUUCGUGAAUUCCAAUUGGAAGUAUCCAGAAAAUAACCUCUCGGAUUACUGCAGAGAAUAAAAUAAGCAUUAGCAAACUCAAAACACGAGCAGGGUGACACAGUUGUGAGAGCGUGAGAGCGCUCACUUCCUUGCAACUAUUGGCCUGGGUUCGAAUCCCGGAAGCGACGCCAUGUUGAGUUUGUUACGCAGUGAAACCCCGCCUUAGGACCACCUCGGUGAUACGGUCACCGCGAUCGUUAUUACGGCCACUUUUUUUUUGGGCCAUACACAGUUUCUUGUAAAAAAAAUCCCUCGUUAAUACGCUGACCCGUUAAUACGGCCAAAUUUUUUGUGACCCAUUGGUGACCGUAUUAACGGGGUUCCACUGUAUCUACUAAGUUCAUUCUCUCCAAGUUUUUUAAGUCAAAAUGGUUAGACAGCCUGUCUCAUUCAAAACUUUCCCUUUAGUUUAUCGGUACCUGCACAGAUCGCUUGUGCGUGGAGGUGUGAAGGUAUUAUUUAGUAUUGUAGGGUAACUGGAAAAUCCAAAACCUUAUUAAUAACUAAGUUAUUGUGUUCCUACAAGGUCCAAGACCACGUUAAAAAUACUUGUCCGCUGACUGAAGUUCCCUGCCCAUAUGAUUGGAUGGGCUGUAUAUGGAAGGUAAUUUUUUUGAUUAUUAGAAUAUUUAAAAUAUUUCGUUGUGGAAUUUUCGAAUGGACACAGACAGCAAAGGGUUAUAUUACUAUCACAUUUUUUUAAACUUUUAGUCUCUGUAACAAUUAUACUUACUAUUAUCUUUUUAUAAUCCGAUACUAUUGUUUUUUUUUUAUGUAUAUUGUAGAUUUUUUAUUGUAGUUUUUAACAGGCUAAGAGCCACUAGGUGGAUACACUGUUAAUAAACCAUUAUUGUUAUUAUUAUUUUGGACCAUUGGGAAUUAGCGCUCUAUGAAUAUUGUAUAUUAUUAUAUUGUUAUUAUUAUUAUAAUUAUUAUUAUUAGGAACAGGGAAGUCAUGUAACGGUUUACGUCAUUGUCUAUAGUCAAAGAAAAUAGCUUUGACGCCAGUUAUUCCUCAGCAGCCCAUCACCGUUAUCCACCGGAUAAAUCUCUAUCUAUUGGAUAGUAGCAUUGGUCUCCCCCAUACUUAUCCACUUCAGUGAUUUAUCCAGUGGAUAUAUAGCGUUUCCGGUGUUUCAGCAACUGGGGCCUGAACCAGACAGCGUGGGAAAAACGUCUUUUUUGAGAGAACUAUAAAACAUUCGCAGUUCUCACUUGUUUUAGUUCAGUCGUGGAGGUCGCAAAAGCACGACAACAAUUUUUUCCUGUUUCCUCUAAGCUUGGAUAGAAUUGGACGAGUUGCAAAAGAAACGUUAAUGGUACACAUGUAAUCGACGUCUUGGAUGUCACCACCAUGGCGGUUGCUAUAAUAAUCAUCUUAAGACAUCUCAAACUUGGUACUCCGUUGAUCGCUUGUUGACCUUGUUAAUACAGCUAUAGAGAAGUGUAAUAGAACAGGAUUAAUUUUGCACGCUUUAAAAAAACAAGAAUCACUUCGUAAAUUUUACCGGGGCCACUUUUGUCUUGGCAACCCAAGUGGAAGGGUCGUUUUCAUCAACAAGGUUGUCGGGCGACAUGAAAAUCUUUUUUAUUGCAAAUAUUCUUUAGAGAUGAAAACAAGGUGUAAUGAAUAAUGUGAAAAGAGAAAAUGUUAGGGAAUCCCCCAUUUUGAACAGUUGAGAGUUUUCGCAUGUCGCUAACGUAAAUAUUGUGUGACAGAGGUUAUGUGAAACAAUCUUUUUUGGUUUUUCAUCAGUUAAAGCAGUGAUAGACUUUCUUGUAAUGAGUCUUAAUUAUUUGUUGGCCAAUAUUUGACGAAGUUUCCUGUAGCGAGUGCGAAUUGUAAGGUAUUGAAACGCACAAACAAAGUUUCGCGUAUGCAAGUUUAAUAAGUUAAGAUUUUUGUUUUGUCGUAGUGUACACAGUUUAACAGCGACUAAGCUUUGUCAUCGCUAGGACGAAUACUGUAACAAUAUUUUUUAAUACACAGGGAUCUCAUUUAUUGAUAAGUAGCAAAUAUAGUCGCAUUAACCAUUUUCUUUGAAUUAUUUCAAUAUACUUCUAAAUCACAAAGGUAAACAAUUAUGUCCAGUAAAGGUGAGGGCAUAAAAACGCCCUAGCAAUGGUUUAAUGCAAAUAAGGAAAGAGGAAAGGGCAAUGGGAGGAGGAGGGAAAAAGUAAUUUGUUCGCAUGGCGAGUGUGUUAGAACGAAUGACUGCUUUGCAGCAAAGGUCACAUGUAAUUAAAACUCCAGAACAAUAGAUGAGGGUUCAAUACAUUAGACUACGAGUAGUCCCCCAUUUUUCCUCAGGGAUAGUAGAGCGAGCGAAACGCGAGCGCGCGUGAAAAUCACCCCACGCAAGAAAACCCUAACAUAAAAAAUUCUACAUCAACGUCUAAUGAAUAAUGUGAAAAGACAAAAUGUUAGGGAAUCCCACAUUUUGAACAGUUGAGAGUUUGCGCAUCUCGCUAACGUAAAUAUUGCGUGGCAAAGGUUAUUUGACAAUAUUUUGUUUUGUUGCCUCAUAAGUCAAAGCAGUGAUAGACUUCCUCCUAAUAUUAAUGUGAAGUGAAGAUCAUGACAAAGCGCACAAGUAAUUAUUAUAGCCUUGUCACGUUUGCCAUGCACACACAAGCGUUUUGCCAUCCUCUUCUCCAGUUUCUCGACGUCCUGUUGAUAGCAACGACAACGGCGACGUCAACGAGAACGGCAAAAAUGCAAUAGGUUUAAUUAGCAAAACAAAGACUUUGCACGUGCAUCAUGCUUUUUUGUACAUUUCUUUACCGUCACUACGCGACUACGACCGGGUUAAAAUGCCUAUUUUCACGUCUAGUGGAGGACGUUAACACACAGCCGUUUAGAAUUCAGGUCCAGAAAAAACUGCCAACAUUUGGCGAAUUGAACCCGAGGUAUAAGCGCGAGAAAGUUUGAAGCAGCCAUCCGUACUUUUUAGGUGACGUUUUUGUAGCCGUCGCCGUCGUUGUUUCUUAAGCUCCCUCACAACAGAGUUCUUAUUGAAAACAUAUUUUGCUAUAGCUUGUUCCGAAGCGCUUUUUCUAUUCUGGUUAUAUGCCCCCUCCCUUUAUAAGCUUUCCUACCUGAUCGUUACGUUAGGAUGUAUUAUUAACCGCAUCUACAGUGAAUUCGUUGAUGUCUGAGAAAGGCCAAUUUUUAUGCUGAUAUUUCAGGUCCAGAGAGAAGUGCUCGAAUCACAUAUCCAGUGUGAGACCAGCCAUCAUCUUCAUUUGAGUUGCUGUAAAUUAAACGGCACUCAGGAUGAAGUGAGAAAACUUCAAACUAAAGUGAGGAAACUUGUGGAGAGAGAAAACAUCCGCCACAAUGAAAUUGAACAAAGAGUGCAGGCCCGCCAAAAUCAUUUGGAAGAAAGAGUGCAGGCCCUUCAAAAUCAUUUUGAAGAGAGGGUUAACGUGCUAACAGAUAUCAAUCAUAAAUUAAAGGGCGAUCUGAAUACCACUCGCAUGGCACUCUUAUUUUUCUCUGCCGUUCUUAUCGUUAUUAUUGCUGUGUUGCUUGGCCGUUUGGAAACAAAGCUCGAAGAGCAAAUUAAUGGCCUGCAAAACAAGCUUACAAGGAAAGUGGGUGAAGUAGAAAAGAUUCUGGAAUUUAAAGUGACUGAUGUACGUGGACAGUUGGUGAACGAUAUGAAUGAAGUUAAGAAAAGUCUUGAAACAAAACUCAAAGAGCAAAUUGAUGGCGUGCAAAACAAGCUUAAAAGGAAAUGGGGUGAAGUGGAAAAGACUCUGAAAUUUAAUGUGCCUUAUGUACGAGGACAGCUGAUGAAGGAUCUGAAAGUUAAAGUCGAAGAUCUUGAAAAGAUGAGCGUAAGUAACAUGUCAGUAAUCAACUAAAAAUAACUCGAUGAAGGUCAGUUAAACGGCAGAACUGUCAGAAUUGACUUUUUAAAAAAUGCUACUGAAUGCGAAUGAAUGCCAAAAUGAAGGAUUAAAAAACAUCCUGUUUAAACACAAACAACGAAAAAACUGUGUCAAAAUACCAUAAAAUUCCGAAAAUGAGCCCUUUCAUGUAUAAGCCCCUCAAGACCUCUAAAUUCAUUAAUAAGGCAAAAACCCCUCCGUUAAAUCACCCCUCCGAACAUAAUCAGUCUCGGAGCUUAUACUUGGAAAUUGCGGCCUCAAAUGCAAAAUAAAACAAAGCAAAACGGUACAGUAACACAUAGCGUAUGGGGCCGUCUGUACAUAGGCUUAGGAACACCGAUUUUUUUAUUUGCCAUACUAAUUGCGUGUGCCAAUUGAUAUACUGUUAAAGCGCCAUAGAUUCCGAACGGUUGGUGACAAGUCUGGACUUUUUGUUAAGAUUCAUUUUUUCGUUUGAACAGUGUUCUAUACCUCAUUAUUGAAGUUCAUUACCCUUAACUGGGUAUUGCGUUUUCAAUAAAGUAAUUUGCGGUUGUGCUUUAAGCAUUGCUGACUAAAUCCCCUGGGAAGAGGCAUGGACCGCUUAGGCAUGGACCGGUUUCCACUUGCUUGUUUCAUUCAAAAUGUUUCGCCCUUUAUACUACUACAUGAGAAAUUUCUGCAAUUUGAUUGGCUUAGAGCAGUGGUAUUUCAGCUUAAUUUGAAAUACCUACAUGUGAAAAUUACAAACCUUCUAUGGGUAGUAGUAUAAACAAAUAAUAACAUGAUUUGUACAUGAUAUCUCAAAAUUGUCUCAAAUUUCACUCGCCUGACGGCUCGUGAAAUUAUGUAUAACAAUUUUGAAAUCUCAGUUGUGGUAUUUAUGCCAAAUAUCACUGCAAAUCAUGCUAUUACCUAUACUAAUCUGAUUGGCUUCCAUCCCCUUGCUAAUUCUUCAUAACCAAGGUCCGAGGUCCGAGCUAUAUACUACCGCUUCUUUCUGCUUGAAAAAGAUAUUGAUCGAUUGUAAAUUUGCCUGGAAAUGAGGCCAGCUUGGGCUAUAGUGAACUAAGGAAAGGGCGUUCAAGGCUAUCUGAAGACGAAAUAGAGGAAUUUCUGACCAAAACUGAACGGACGAAAUGCAAGAAUACGCAAAACAUAUUGUUCAAUGGAAGUUAUAUGUACGUUUUGAAAAGUAUCUGGAAAAAUAGGCAAAGUUUUCAAGGAAGCCUGCGGAUACGUAAGCUUUGUCACAAACUAUCAAAAAAAUGUUUUGAAUGAAUAAUGAAACAACUGUUGGGUUCGGUACUCGUAUGAAUAUGAAAAAUUAUGCAGACUAAUCUCGAAGGCUGUUAUCCAUGCACCUUGGCCGUCCCCCUGCGGCCAGUCGGCGGAUAACAGCGGCCUCCGCGCGAGAUCUGCGUAAUUCUUCACAUCAUACUCCGCCUCGUUCAAUAAUUGUAAUCAUUCGUUACCAAUUUUUCUUCCUUUUUAUUGGCCGAAAGCCCACCACGUGACCUGCAAAUAACUGCCUGCAAAUAAUGGUCUGCUCAUUCGCAUGACGUGUCGUCCAACUUUGUUUGGCUGCAAACAAUAUUCUGCUCAUGCGUAAACGAAACCACGCUUUUCUCCUUCUUGCGAUCGCUCUUGUGAAAAAAAAAAAAUUGCAGAUCGCUUCGCUUCCCGAAGAUAUUCCGUAAUCGAUAAAACAAUUAUUGAACUCGGUUAUCGCAAAAUAUAUCAGGAUUUGUCAGUGUCUCGCAGAUGAAUUCGGCUUCGGCAUUCAAAUAAUUGAUCUGCUUGCCACUGACAAAUGAUCAUUCCUCAAUCUCGUCCAAUAAUUGUUAAGUAUUUAAAGCCAUUUUGCAUAAUUCAGAAGGCUAGAUUUGUUAAUUUUUUUGUACAUCAUAUACGUUGUGUUUAAACUUCAGAUUCAAAGAGAGGUUGAGAAGAAUUCAGAAGAAAACUGUAAUUCUUUUACGUGGAAGAUAACCAGCUAUAGUGAAGCAUUGAGAAAAGCCAAAAGUGGAAAGGAAAUUCUUUUGACGAGUUCUACAUUUUACAGUUGUGGAUAUAAAUGCAAGUUAGAAUUCUUUCCAAAUGGCAAUGCCGAAGGAGAAAACACCCACCUGUCCUUUUUCUUAGUAAUAAUUAAAGGUGAAUACGAUGCCAUGUUAACCUGGCCUUUCCAUAAAAAGGUAACAAUGACGUUGAUUGAUCAACAGGCAAAAGCAAAAGACAGGGAGAACAUUGCAAUGUCCUUUAUAACAACUGAUUUCUCAGAGUCCUAUUGGAGACCUGUGGACGAUGAAACCAUUGGAGUAGGCUAUCGUCGAUUUGUAUCUCACGAAAAACUGCAAGAGAGGCGCUACAUUGUGCACGACACUAUUUUCAUUCAGAUUCGCAUCACUUCAUCGGGAAGGCUGUGA